AACCAGCAGCUCAAACUUUACUGGACACGUUUCGGCUAUUCAUCAAUAUCCCCAUUGAGUAUCAAAGCCAAUUUAUGACUGGCCAACAUACGCACGUGAUCCCAUACAAACACCCCAUUUGCGGGCAGCGCAGUUGGCGAUCAAGAAAUAAAAAGAUACCAAACCCUGUUUCCGCUAUAAAACUUGGAUUAACCUAUUUUCAGUUAAAAGCUCUUCGCUUAAAAAGCGACUAUGGAGUCAGCAACAUGAUCUGCAAACGCGACGGAACGCGCGCUACUUCCAGCCACCAGAUUUGAAGAGUUCAACAUGAGCGCUUUUAUUCACAGCUCCAAUUUCACUCAAACAGCGGAAGCAACUUCAAAUGCCAUGUUUAAUUUUGAUGUGUCUGAACGCGCGUCCAGUCGCUAUACGGGUGUUGACGCGAGAGGAUUAUACCCUUGUCCCGUCCUAACGACCUCUGUUGAUGGGGACGAGAUAAAAACUAGCCUGCAUAGCAACUCGGAGGCUACUUUCCAAUCCAGAUCGCAUAUAACUAUGGUCUCCAGUAACUCUACCGUGGACGCGGGCGCGCACAGCUACGGUGGCACGUCAGUGCUGGGACGAAACCGAGAGACGGGAAAAAGCUCCAAAUACGGAGUCAACAAAAGCCACGACAGUCAGAGGACUGAAGAUAGCGCACAAGGAUUGAAACAACACACUAACACAAGUCAACGAGAGAGGAGUGAGCAGCCCCAGAUCUACCCAUGGAUGACAAAACUGCACAUGAGCCACGAGACGGAGGGGAAGCGCUCUAGGACCAGCUACACCCGGUACCAGACUCUGGAGCUGGAGAAGGAGUUCCACUUUAACCGGUACCUGAGCCGCCGCAGACGCAUCGAGAUCGCUCAUAGCUUGUGUCUGAAUGAAAGGCAGAUCAAGAUUUGGUUCCAAAAUCGACGCAUGAAGUGGAAGAAGGACUCAAAGCAGAAAGGAAAAGAGUAACUGCACUGAGCGCGCGCUCUGUAGGGCUGUACAGUGGCGCGUGACCUCCAGAUGAACCUUGUAAAGCAAUGACAUCAUGACACUACACUGCGUGCUUCAUCACCAAUUAUGUGUCACUUGCUGCAGUUUGGGACCUAAUGUAUUGAAUAUCACUCAGUUUGAUCAAUAGGUUUACAUUUCUAAAUUAAUUUGCUGCCUAUGCGAUGAUAACCUCACUUGAGAGCACUAAGAGGACAGUCUGCAAAGCAGGGCACACAAUAUCAGUAGUAACCUCAUUGUCAUUAAGAUAAGAGCUAAGGAGCCAGUGUCACCUCAUCAGUAAACUUUUCUAAGUUCAGCAAAGACUUUCACAGCCCAAACAUAGAAACAUAGUGGACUCUCUGUUCGAAUGUGGUUUGACGCGGAGUGUUAUCCAAAUGGUUGCAAAAAGGAUUCACCUACUGUGAUGUUGAUGUUAUGUGAAAUUGAUACACUUUUAAUAUUCAGCUCAUGUGUUUAUUCACAAGAGUGAACCUCGGAAAAUAAAAUGUCAUUUGAUGCCAAUACCACUGCAAAAACUGUCUCUAUUUAUCGGACGCGCUGCGAAGGCCCCUCAUCACAGUUUAUUGGCCCUCUACAGAGCCCCUGCAGACAAUGCUUCCUGUUUGGAUAAAGAGGGAAAGCGCACAGUAGCCUGAAACAAUACAGCGUGAGGAGGUGAGACCACUGCGUCCUGUUCUGGCACAAUGACGCGCCACCUCUAAGGCCAUUAUGGUUACUUAACGAUGUCAUUGCGCUUUGACUGUGCCAUC